AUGCAUUUCAUUGAUCUCCUCGCCAUUGCGGCUGCGCUUGUACUCGCCGUACCGGCGCUAGCGCAAGAUAACAGCACCGCGACAGUCCAGGGCAUCGUUGACCAAAACCGGGAUAAUCGCACAGCUCUGCGCGACAUCGCGGCGCCCGCAUGGGUGGCGUCACCCGAAACUCGCGGCACCCUGGCCAUUCUUUGGUCCUGUCUUGUCACCCUGGUCGCCUGUAUCUACACGGCUCUACACCUCAAUAUCCCUAACAGGUUCCUACACAAGGCCAAAUGGACCGUCAUCGCCCUAUUUGCGCCCGAAUUAGUCCUCUAUAUUGCCUUAGACCAAUUCUUUCAGGCCCGGCGCUUCCUGAGGGACAUGAAAGAGCUUCUACAGGAAAGGGGCUACCGUGAGGGGGAUCUAGAUGAGAGCACUUACUCGUUGAAGUUCUGCUUCUUUGCUGUCAUGGGUGGCUUUCAGGUUUCCAUCGAAGACAUCUACCGUAGCCGGGGUACAGUGGGCAAAUGGGUGAAACCCCCGGAUAUGCUGCUCUCUCUAUCCACCCUUGGUAUCUUGCAACUCGCACGGACCAGCCAUUUCGUUACCAUUUCCGAGGCCGAGAUUGACGACAAGAGUAAGGCCAACAUCAUCCAGAAAUUUCUUGUUGUAAUCCAGGUCACCUGGAUGGCCGUGCAGUGCGCCUUUCGCGCGGCAUGGGGCCUGCCCAUCUCCCUACUCGAAAUCCAUACCCUGGUGCAUGUUGUGUGUACCCUAGCUAUGUAUAUCUUCUAGUUUAAGGUAUACUACCUGUUUUAUUUCCCUCCCUCCACGUCUCUUCCUGCCCCUACGCAAGUCCCAGUUCUAGCGCAGAUACAAAAGAAAC